CAUAACCUUAUCAACUCUCGGUCGAAAUGUGGGGAUUUUGAAAUUUUAUUUGUUUACCCUCACACUUUAGAUUUGAAGUUUAUAAUGACGAAGCAUGCUCUACAUUAGCAAGAGAGUGGAUUUGAUAAUACUAAACCCACAUUGGCGAGCUGAUAACAAUAAGAUUCAAUCGUACGACGUUAUAAAAUUUCACAAUAUAGAAAAGGAAUGGAUUGAAUCGGUACAGAUACUCAAUAACGAACACAGUAAUACACAUUGUCAAUCAAUUAGAAUAAUUUUUAUUGAACUUUACAAAUAAUAUAGGAUUACCGGAACAAUGAAAUUGGAUGAUAUAUUUAAUAAAAUCGGGGACACGAGUGUCGCACAAGUAGCAACGUUUAUUUUACUCGGACUCGUAGCUAUUUCAACAGGAUGGCAAAACGUUGCAAUAAAUUACAUCCAUGGCGACAUGAAACACCAUUGUUAUGUACCUCAAUUAGAAGAAUACACCUUUCAAAGACAGGAAUAUAUCGCGAUCCCAAGGACAAUGGGAAAUGAUGGAAACUGGGUCUAUGACAGUUGUAAAAUGUUUGACUUGGAUUGGUCAAACUUUACAAAAGAUCAAUUUGAUUCUUGGGAUAGAGAUUCCUUUGAUUCAGCAAAUGCCGCAACACGUUCUUGUUCGAGUUGGUCCUACGAUCAGAGUCAGUUUCACUCUACUGCUAUCAGUAAGUAUGAUUUAGUAUGCGACAACGCCGAUAAAAAGAGCCUCCUUGAAACAUUAUAUAUAGCUGGGCUGUUAGUUGGCUUACUGGUAUUUGGUCAAAUUGCUGACAGUAUCGGGCGUAAGCCAGUCCUUCUAGUGGCAAUUCUGGUUGAAGUAGCAUUUGGAGUGGGGGCUGCUUUUGCCUCCGACUAUGUGGCCUUUGUCGUCGUUAGGUUUUUCUUUGGGAUGGCCGUUGGGGCCAAGUUCAUCAUCGCUUUUGUUAUGGUUGUUGAACACGUUGGUCCUGCGUAUCGUACUGUAUUUGGAGUCUUGAUGAACGCAUGGAUGACUGUUGGAAUGAUGUCACUUCCGGGAAUAGCAUACCAAGUUCGGAAUGUGCAAACUCUUCAAAUGAUACUCGCAGCACCUCCAGCAAUUUUUCUCACAUACUUUUUUUUGAUCUCAGAAACGCCAAGGUGGCUUGUAACACGGGGGCGCUUAGAACAAGCCACGGCGUUAUUUCACAACAUGGCCAAAGUUAAUAAGGCGGAUCUACCUGAGGACCUAGAACUCAUGGAGAAUUCUGUAGAGGACCCUGACGAAAGGAGAAUAAAUCUUGCGGAUAUGUUACGGACACCAAAUCUCCGAAAGCGUCUCUUAAUAUUCUGGAUAAUCUGGUUGUUGUCUGGACUUGUUUACAUGGGAUUCACCAAUAAAAUCAAAGUAGGAAAUAAUGAUUAUUUUAAUGAUUUCAUCUCUGGUUUAACUGAGCUACUGGCCUACCCUGUCAGCAUACUUCUCAUCUCAAGCAUCGGUAGAAAGCUGGGGAGUUUCUCUAUGGCAGCGAUGGCAGCGGUUCUAAGUUUCAUCUGUAUACCUUUGAUACUCACAUCCAAUACAAUGCAAGGAGGAUUAACAGCAGUCACAUUGUUCGGUAAAUUAUGCGCCACCUCCAUGCUUGCUUCCAUCUCUAUGUGGACCGUGGACACUUUCCCAACCGUCGCAAGGGCUGGCGUUGCCUGUGCCUCUGCUAUGUUCGCUUUUGCAGGUGGACUCAUUGCACCACAGAUCAAUAGACUGGAAUCCACUUGGAGUGGUCUACCGUCCAUCAUAUACGCUGUACUGGCCCUGCUGGUAGCUGUCAUAACACUCGCACUUCCGGAGACUAUGGACUUAAAUCUUCCCGAUACCCUAAACGACGGGGAGUGGCUUGGCAGUCAACCAUACAACGAAGAAUCCAAAAAGCCAGCUUUGAACUAUUACAAUUCUGUUAAACUGUCACAAUCAGCCUUGGCGUACGACAACAAAUCAUUUGAAAUGGAUAAAGAUGUUCCACAUAAACUCGUUGAAAACAAUGGAAACGUCCCUAUGGUUGAAGUCACUUCGAAUGCAGGGUCCAAUGACAUCAGGAAACGAUCAACGGACAAUGUUACUACUCUAUAGACUUCUAAGGAAAAACAUUCCUAAAGAUUUCAGUCAAAUUAAAAAAGUAAAUGAUUAAAUAAAUACUAAAAACUAUGACUUCGACUAUGAUUGGCUACAUUCUUAACUCAUCAAAUCGUGAUCUUAAUGGGUAUUUUUGAAACGUUUGGUUUAUCACUUUUUAAGAAAAUGCAUUUACAUUGAAAAUAUGUAUGCACAGAAUGGACGACCUCUUGCGUGAAGGUGCUCCAUAACUUUGAUCCUUCAAGAAAUGUUUUGGCCGCAAGGCCGUUCUUCAGUUAGACCGAGUGAUAAUGUACUUAAAACGAGAUGGGUCUACUAAGGACGGAAUUGCCGUCCUUCAAUACUAAAAGAGACGGGUUAAUACACAUUGGAACGAAAUAGACCUAGUUAAAGAGGUUUUAAAUGACUU